AAGAAUGCUGCCAUUAAUCCACGGUUUCUGGUUAGGGAAGGUUUUAAUAGUCACAGAGGGUACGACAUCUCCGAUGCACUUGCUAAUAAACUCGCUCACAGAGUCGGCGUAUACAUCAGUGUUGUUGUCUGAGGCCAUCCAGGACAUAUCCCAGAUCAAUGAGGAUGGAGAGAACAUGUUCAACAGGGCCAAGCUGGUGAACAUUGGCUAUGCUGAGGCCCUGAAAGAGUAUGACUACGACUGCUUUGUGUUCAGUGGCGUGGACAUCAUUCCCAUGGAUGACCGCAACCCCUACAAAUGCUUCAGCCAGCCCAGACACCUGUCUGUCUCCGUGGAUAAGUUUGGCUUCAAGGUGAAUAACAGAGGAAUGUCCAUCCCUCGUCCGGAUGGCGUAGUCGGAAAAUGCCGGAAUGAUCCAUCACGAAAGAGACAAAAAUAACAACGAAAAUCCUUAGAGGUUCAAGAGAAUAGAUCAUUACGUUGAAGACGAUGGAUACUGAUGGCCUCCACUCUCUCGAGUACGAAGUUGUCGCAUUUGAAAAGCAUGACCUGUUCACAAAGACUACAGUAGAUGUGGGGAUGAUACCCAAAGAUAAAGAAGACAUAGACAAAGGAUGAAUGAGGAAGAGAUGAACCAGCAGGGCUGGAUCUUGGGCCUGACUAAUCGGUGCCUGUAUGUAGCCUCGCUACUUUUAUAGCCUCGCUACUUUUAUAGCCUCGCUACUUUUAUAGCCUCGCUACUUUUAUAGCCUCGCU